UGCGCAUCUUCCGCCGGUGUCAUCAGCCGGUUGAGCAGCGUGGAUCUCCACUUUCAUAGAAAUACUGCUGAAGUUGUUGCCACUAAAUCAGCAUGACGGAACGUAAAGGAACGGCGAAACUCGACUUCUUGAGGAAGAUCGAAGAGGAGGUCCAGCAGAAAUGGGAGAAAGAGAAAGUUUUUGAGAUUGAUGCUCCGGAUGCCACUGGCAAAAACACUGAUAAGAGCAAAUACUUUGUUACAUUUCCCUACCCCUACAUGAAUGGGAGACUUCAUCUUGGACACACGUUCUGUCUGGCAAAGUGUGAGUUUGCAGUGGGUUACCAGCGUUUGAGAGGAAAACAAUGUCUUUUCCCAUUUGGUCUUCACUGUACUGGAAUGCCCAUCAAAGCAUGUGCAGACAAGCUGAAGAGAGAAAUGGAGCUCUAUGGGUUCCCACCUCAGUUCCCUGAUGAAGAGGAGGAGGAGGAAGACAAGUCGAAGACCACUGAUGAGAUCAUCAUCAAGGACAAGGCAAAGGGCAAGAAGAGCAAAGCCGUAGCAAAGUCUGGAAGCUCCAAGUUUCAGUGGGACAUCAUGAGAUCUCUGGAGCUUAGUGACGAUGAGAUUGUAAAGUUUGCCGAGGCCGAACAUUGGCUGGAUUAUUUCCCUCCUCUUGCUGUGGACGACCUGAAGAGAAUGGGUGUUAAGGUCGAUUGGCGUCGUUCUUUCAUCACGACGGAUGUAAACCCCUUUUAUGACUCCUUUGUAAGGUGGCAAUUUGUCACUCUGAAAGAGAGGAAUAAAAUCAAGUUUGGCAAGAGAUAUACAAUAUACUCUCCCAAAGAUGGGCAGCCCUGCAUGGAUCAUGAUAGACAAACAGGAGAGGGAGUCGGCCCCCAAGAAUACACCCUCAUCAAGAUGCAGAUCAAUGAACCUUAUCCAUCUAAACUGAGUGGUCUUAAAGGCAAGAAGAUCUUUCUGGUAGCUGCAACUCUGAGACCCGAAACCAUGUUCGGUCAGACGAACUGCUGGGUCCGUCCGGAUAUGAAGUACAUCGUGUUUGAGACGGCCAGCGGUGAGCUGUUCAUCUGUACCCAUCGUUCGGCCAGGAACAUGUCCUAUCAGGGCUUCACCAAAGACAACGGCCAAAUUCCUGUAAUCAUGCAGAUUAUGGGCCAGGACAUCCUGGGUUGUGCACUGAGCGCCCCUCUUACUUCCUACAAGACCAUCUAUGCCCUGCCGAUGCUCACUAUCAAAGAAGACAAAGGUACUGGAGUUGUCACCAGUGUGCCAUCAGAUGCGCCGGAUGAUAUCGCCGCUCUGAGAGACAUCAAAAAGAAACAGGCUUUAAGAGAGAAGUAUGGCAUUCAGGAUUAUAUGGUUCUACCCUUUGACCCGGUUCCCAUCAUUGAGAUUCCUGGAUACGGAAACCUGUCGGCUCCUCUGGUUUGUGAUGAGCUAAAGAUUCAAAGCCAAAAUGACAGAGAAAAGCUUGCCGAAGCCAAAGAGAAAGUCUACCUAAAGGGCUUUUACGAGGGGAUCAUGUUAGUUGAGGGUUUCAAAGGGCAGAAGGUCCAGGAUGUGAAGAAACCCAUUCAGAAGAUGAUGGUGGAAAAAGGUGAAGCUUUGAUCUACAUGGAGCCAGAGAAGCAGGUGUUGUCUCGCUCUGCAGAUGAAUGCGUGGUGGCGCUAUGCGAUCAAUGGUAUCUGGAUUACGGCAAUGCGGAAUGGAAAAAGCAAGCCACGGACCAUUUGGCAUCUCUGGAGACGUUCUGUGAUGAAACUAGGAAGAACUUUGAAGCAACUUUGGAUUGGCUUCAGGACCACGCCUGCUCCAGAACAUAUGGAUUAGGAACCCGGUUGCCAUGGGAUGAACAAUGGCUCAUCGAGUCCCUGUCGGACUCCACCAUCUACAUGGCCUUCUACACUGUGGCACAUCUUCUCCAGGGAGGGGUCCUCAACGGACAAGGACCCUCACCGCUGGGAAUAAGACCCGAGCAGAUGACGAGGGAAGUGUGGGAUUACAUCUUCUUCAAAACCGCACCCUUUCCAAAGACAGACAUCCCGAAAGAUCGCCUACAGAAGCUCAGGAGAGAGUUUGAAUACUGGUAUCCUGUAGAUGUGAGGGUGUCAGGAAAAGACCUGGUGCCCAAUCACCUCUCCUAUUACCUGUACAACCAUGUAGCCAUGUGGCCAAAUGACAGUGGAAAAUGGCCAAAAGCGGUACGAGCCAACGGUCAUCUUUUGCUAAACUCUGAAAAGAUGUCCAAAUCCACUGGCAACUUCCUCACUUUGAGUCAAGCUAUUGCUAAGUUUUCUGCAGAUGGCAUGCGUCUGGCUCUGGCUGAUGCAGGCGACACGGUUGAGGAUGCAAACUUUGUCGAGGCCAUGGCAGAUGCUGGAAUCCUGCGACUCUAUGCAUGGGUGGAUUGGGUAAAAGAGAUGAUCGCCAACCAAAAUAAUCUGAGGACCGGACCAGCAGACACCUUUAAUGACAGAGUAUUCGUUAGUGAAAUGUACUCCAGCAUUGUUAAAACAGAGCAGCAUUACGAGAGGAUGAUGUAUAAAGAGGCAUUGAAGAGCGGCUUCUUUGAGUUCCAGGCUGCGAAGGAUAAGUACCGUGAGUUAGCCAUCGAGGGCAUGCACCGAGAUCUUGUGUUCCGCUUUAUUGAGUACCAGACACUCCUGCUGGCUCCCAUCUGCCCCCACCUGUGUGAACACACCUGGACCCUGCUGGGGAAGAGAACUUCUGUAAUGAAGGCUAGCUGGCCCACUGCUGGUCCGGUGGACGAGAUAUUGAUCCGAUCCUCACAGUAUCUGAUGGACACAGCCCACGACCUCCGCCUGCGUCUGAAGGCUUACAUGCAGCCAGCCAAAAGCAAGAAAGGGGACAAUAAACCUCCAGCCAAACCCACCCACUGUAGCAUCUACGUAGCAAAGACCUACCCGCCCUGGCAGCACAGCGCCCUCUCUCUGCUGGGCAAACAUUACAAGAGCAACAAUGGAGCUCUGCCUGACAAUAAAGUCAUUGCCAUGGAGCUGGGAGCCAUGCCAGAGCUGAAGAAAUACAUGAAGAGAGUGAUGCCAUUUGUAGCUAUGAUAAAGGACAGCCUUGAGAAGAAAGGACCCCGGGUUCUUGAUCUAGAACUGGAGUUCGAUGAGCGUGCUGUACUGCUGGACAACAUUGUUUAUCUGACCAAUUCACUUGAGUUGGAUCAGAUAGAGGUGGUGUUCGCCUCUGAAGCCGAUGACAAAGUAAAGGAGGACUGUUGCCCUGGGAAACCAUUCUGUGUCUUUAGAUCUGAGCCUGGAGUAUCGGUGUCAAUGGUGAACCCACAGCCGGCCAAUGGUCUCUUCUCUACUAAGAUUGAAAUUCGACAGGGAGACAGCAAAGACUCCAUCAUCCGCAGACUAUCCCGAGUUAACCGAGGGAUCAAGGAUAUAUCCAAAGUGAAGCUGAUGCGUUUCGAGGACCCUCUGCUUGGUCCCCGAAGAAUCCCUGUUCUGGGAAAAGAAGAAGAGGGCAAACUCGCGGUCUCAAAAAGUUCAAUCUUUAACGUCAGCCUGGAAGAAAACAAAGUUCACAUGACUGAUAAUGGCCUGAAAAUAGACAUUGGAGACACUUUAGUCUAUCUGGUCCAGUAAGAUGUGAGACUCAAACUGUUAUUUUAUUUACUUUGUCUAAAAAAAGACUAAAGUUGCAUCGAGGCUAAACAUCAGCAAAUGAUUCACAGUCUCCGUAUUUAAAUCAGUACAGCACAUUCAUAUUACAUUUUGUGGAUUAUAUCAUUCAGCUUGUUCGGAGUAAUACUUCUACAACGAAAUCAAAACUAUAGUUUUAUGAUCACUACUAUUUUUAGAAGCUCCUAACGUGAGAAAAGAGGAUGUGUAAGCCCCUAUGGAUGCUUCAAAGAUAUUUCUGUGAGUUCUUACUGUUUAUACAUGUAUGAAUUUCCAACUUGUUACUCUGUCCAGUAUUUUACAGCCAGACCUGUACUUACAAACUAUAGGUUUGUGUCAAGGAUUUUUCUGUGUUGUCUGAUAUUUUGUUGGUCCUAAAUUUGUCAAAUUUCAGUGAACAUUUAAUAAAUAAUUGUUAAUAAAAUCUA